CCAUCACCAUCGUCGAUCGCCCAACCAACCAAACAACCAAAUUUCGCAAUUCAUUUCUCACCAACCACCAAUUUGUUCUUAUUCAAACCCUCUUCAAAAUUUGCAUUUGGCGUCACACAAUUAACAAGUGUUGCAUUUUUCAGCACAACAAUGGCUGGGGAACGCAGCAAGGUUUUCACUUUGGCCGAAGUCUCUCAGCACAACAAUGCCAAAGACUGUUGGCUUGUCAUUCAUGGCAAGGUUUAUAAUGUGACAAAGUUCUUGGAGGACCACCCUGGUGGGGAUGAGGUCCUGUUGUCUUCCACAGGGAAAGAUGCAAGCAAUGAUUUUGACGACAUUGGUCACAGCACCAGUGCGGUAGCCAUGAUGGACGAGUUCUACGUUGGAGACAUCGACACAUCAACCAUCCCCUCCAAGGUUAAGUACACUCCUCCAAAACAACCUCACUAUAAUCAGGACAAGACACCAGAGUUCAUCAUCAAGAUUCUCCAAUUUCUAGUUCCCUUGUUUAUCUUGGGUUUGGCAGUUGGUAUUCGCUUCUACACCAAAUCAACAUGAUCAUUUAAACUGCAAGAGCACAUGAAUAUAGGCAUUUGCAAUAAUUUGUUGGUGUUGAAAGACCCCAUCUUGUUUUAUUCUUCUGUGCUACAAUUAUGAGGGGUUGCUAGGAUAUGCCAUAUGACAUUGUGCUUGUUUUUCAGUGUAAUUUGUUGUUAUCAGAUUGCCUUUCUCUCAAUGAUUUGCUGAAGGAGCAGUUUUCUGCAGUUUAAACUUCGGAAAUUUUUGGUGGUUCUCAAUA